AUGCCGACAACUCAUGAAAGUGUUUGUUGUACGAAAAUCGGGCAAUUGUGGCAUAAAGUAGACGAGCAAUGGCCUGAAACCCAAAUAAGUUGUAUCACUGAGCAUCCAGGUUUUCAGUCAAUUUGCCCCGAUGUCUGGGUGCUGAAGACGGCUUAUUACGCGCACAGGCAGCAGCGAGGCACAGAUAAUUACAUCACAGGCGGCCCAAGCUCCAGCUGUGAGAUGAUCAUCUUGCGCAAUAACAGUCAUGGCGGAAUUAUGAGAGUUUGUAUGGGCAUGUUUACGACCGCCCUAAGGAAUAAAGAAAAUACGUCAAAUUCUCAAAAAAAAUACCUCACCUUACUUCCACAGUGUAUCAUUUGUUAUCAGACCGCUUACUUCGAUGAAAAGAGCCCAUUUUAGCGAGUUGUUCAUUUCGAGGUUUUCAACGUACAUAAGAAAAGCCGUUGAAAACCUCGAAAUGAACAACUCGCUAAAAUUCGUCCUUUUCAUCAAAGUAAGCGGUCAGAUAACAAGCGAUACGCUGUAGAAGUAAGGUGAGAAUUUGACGUAUUAUUUUAUUCAUUGGAGCGGUCGUAAAUAUUCCCAUACAAACUCUUAUAAUUCCGCCAUGAUUGUUAUUGCGCAAGAUGAUCAUCUCACAGCUGGAGCUUGGGCUGCCUGUGAUUACACCGGAAACGAGUAAGCUAAAUGUUUUUUGUUUCAUCUGUUUUGUUACAUUUUGAGAUCGAUUUCCUUGAGUUGUUUUUGCCAUUGAUUUAAUAAUACAGUGCUACAGCUAGUUGUUUUUCGCUUCUUCCCUGGCUGGAAAUUUCGCUACAUUGCCUACAGAUAGCUUCUUCGUUGGUGUUGAGGUUAUCUCGGCAAACAUUUCGGGGUCGCUGUGCCAUCUUGUGCGGUAAACAAUAUCCGGAACACUUUUCCAGCGGAUUUUGGAUCGCCUUACACUGGAUUAAAACCGCCAAACCUUUGA